CAUGUCAUACUGACUGACUGCACUGUAUACCGAACGCUUGCACUUUUCACUUAAGCGUUGCUUUUUUAUAUGAUUACUUUUUGUGACGACCACGGACCGCAAGCGUUGUAUUCCAAGUAAUUUAGAAUAUAUUUUGGAACGAGAACGAAAGCCGUUUUCAGAAAAAGAGAAAAACUCUUUAUUAAACAGUUGUAUCGGAAGAGGACAAAGAAAAAGAAGUUGAAGCAUUCCGGGGGGCAUCUUUGCGCGAAUCCCAGUAUUUCCCUUUUUCCCCACAAAGAAGCUGAUAUUGAAUCGACAUUAAACGAAAAUGCUUGUUGUGGUAUAUUUUUAGUUUUUUUGUUUGUUUGUUUAUAAGUCAAUACAUAAAUAUCAAAGGCAUUUGAAAACUUGCACUCGAAAGAUUACAUUUGACCGUUAGCUAAGCGAGAAGAUAGAGCCGUGUGUCAUGAAAUCGAAGCCAAAGGGGAUGGCGCUUCAAAUCCAACAAUAGCAAUGUGAAAGCGGUGAAAAAAUCCAGGAGUGAAAACAGGGCUUAAUCCUUUUUGUUUUUGGGAAUGUUCUUGUGCAUGGGGUAAAACGCCCUGAACGUAGAUUUUUUUUUUCCUGUACUGAAGACAUGUACAAUUAUUCAAUCCAAUGCGCUCUUGCUGGGAAAUAAUCGAACUGAGUGAAGCGGAGGAGUACGGCUUGGAUCGACGGACUUUAUCAGAGACGCGUCGGAAGCGGAGCGGAGACACUGACGGCUAUUUUUUUGAUGCCUCCACUCGAGACACCUGCAAAGGGUUCCGCUUCCUGUGACACCAUCACAUCAUGCCUGAGGGGGCGCGCCGCGGCAGCCAGAGAAAGCACAGCACCCAAGCUGCCCAGCGCCCCUCCUCCGUGUCCUCCCUGAGCGGCAUUGUGGGUAGGAUGGCCUCCUCGGAGCGUGCCUCCCGUGGCAGCUGCACCUCGGUCAACACCGUGUGCUCAGACAGCGACCGGGCGGCCAGCCUCAGCUCCUCCACUUCCUCCGCCUCCCUGCAGGACGGCCACUCCUCCUCCUCCUCGUCCUCCCUGCCUUAUGGGGCGAUGCCCGCCUACCCUCCGCCGCAGCGCAACGGUUCCGACAUCAGCCUGGACCUCACGCCCCUCUCCCAGCUGCUGGAGGAGCGCGGCCGCGGGGCCGGGGGCCCCGGCUUCCCCGGCUCGCCCGCCCCAAAGCUGUCCCGGCUGGAGAGGGUGGUGCUGGAGAUCGUGGAGACCGAGCAGGCCUAUGUGCGGGACCUGAAGAGCAUCGUGGAGGAUUACUUGGGCUGCAUAAUUGACUGUGGUGACCUGCCGCUCAAGCCAGAUGAGGUCAGCACUCUCUUCUGCAACAUUGAAGACAUCUACGAGUUCAACAGUGAGCUACUGGAGGAUCUGGAGAGAAGCCCUCAUGCAGCAGCCAUUGCAGAAUGCUUCGUGGAGAGGAGUGAAGCCUUUGACAUUUACACUCUCUACUGUAUGAACUACCCCAACUCAGUGGCUGUUUUGAGAGACUGCAUGAAGAACGAGAGCCUGGUCCGCUUCUUCCAAGAGCGACAGGCCACACUCUGUCACUCUUUACCUCUGGAAACGUACUUGCUCAAGCCGGUGCAGAGGAUCCUCAAGUACCACCUCCUACUGCAGGAGCUUUCCAAGCACUUUGACAAGAGCGACCCUGGCUAUGAGGUGGUGGAGGAUGCCAUCAUUACCAUGACAGCGGUGGCCUGGUACAUCAAUGACAUGAAGAGGAAGCAGGAACAUGCCGUCAGGCUGCAGGAAAUCGAGAGCCUGCUGCUGAACUGGGCCGGUCCGGACCUCAGUGGCUUCGGAGAGCUGGUCCUGGAGGGCUCCUUCCGAGUCCAGCGGGUCAAGAAGGAGAGGGCCUUCUUCCUCUUUGACAAGAUGCUCCUCAUCGCCAAAAAGAGGGCAGAGCACUUCAUCUACAGUACCCACAUCUUUUGCUGUAACCUGCUUCUGGUAGAAAACAUGAAGGACCCCCUGUGCUUCAAGGUGUCUGAUCAGACCAUUCCAAAACAGCAGCAUGUCGUACAGGCCAAGAACCAGGAGGAGAAGCGACUGUGGCUGCACUACCUCAAGAGGCUGAUCGUGGAGAACCACCCCGCCUCGCUGCCCCAGAAGGCAAGACAGGUCCUUGGUGACAACUUUUGUCAGUCCCUGCAGUUUGACCACGAGCCCGUGAGAAAAGCGGCCCCUUCCCCGAGACUGGAUGACUCACGAAGCUACCAUCGUGGGAGGCGGCAGUCAGAGCCUCCUGAGUUCAUCUACACUCCCGAGAAAGCCAAGAAAAGCCUCCCCCUUCUGCUGGAGGGCAACCUACCAUACCGCCGGGGCAGGAGGCAGUCAGCCCCUGCCAAAGACAUUGAGGCGGCAUUUCAACAGAGUGUCGCACUUAAGGCGGGUAGCGAGGGUGAGCUGUGCCCGCAGGCUGACAGCCUGGGCUCCUCUGGCAGCACCAGCACGCUGGCGUCCUCAGUGAUCGAGGUGGAGGCCGGCCGAGACGACCUGGGGCUCGGCCCAGACGAGGACAUGACCCCUCCGACCCUGUCGAUCACGGAGGAGAUCCUGCAGUUCAUCAACCAGAGCCGGGCGAGGGAGGGCCUCCUCGACCUGCAGCCGUACAAGGAACAGUCCUUCUCCGAGUCCCUGGAUGACUCCACCACUGGGCAGGAUUUGGGUCCCACUGUCCUGCAGCAGGAUGAAGACCAAAGCAAAUCCCUAAAUCAUGGCAGCAGUUACCAUGGAAUGCAAGUGGACGGGGCAGAGCCACCUCUAGAAGGGGGCAGGGCCAGAACAGAUGCCCAAGUCCCUAUCCGUUGGACCAGUGAAUCUUCAGAGGAGGACAUGGGAAAAUCGGGUUUCACAUCCUCCUCGCUGCACAUGCUAGAGGAGACUGGCCAGGAGGAAGAGACGUCAGCCCCUGUGGAGGCCCCACAAGCCUUGCAGGACCCAGAGGAGGAAAAGGCCAGACCCCACUCCGAAGGGUUGGUGGACCCACACACUGAACACCCUGCCCCUCUUUCCCCAGUGGGUCUAGGUGCAGAAGCCCCCUCCUCUCCUGUCGGGGAGGAAGCACCCAGGACAGACUCAGGAUAUCCAGAUGAGGACAAGUCUCCCAGCAUACCUCUCUCCAACACAGAGUCUGCAUCAGAGGGCCUUCCAGCAGCCAAGCGUGACACUGUGCUGACCAAGAGUGACCGGCAGAUCAUUGAGAAGAUACGCAACUACUAUGAUGCAGCAGAGGUGGCCGAGAGCCACAUGCCUCGCCGGAACAGCUUCUCCCAUAUCCCCACGGGCCUGGUCAAGGAGUCGGUAUCCCUCUUCAGUGUCUUUGGCCGGCAGGAUAGCCUGUGCGACUCAGAGGGGGGGCGUUCAGAAGGGGGUGAGGCGGAGUCACCUUCUCUCCCUCCCCUACCUCAGCUAGAGGAGGACUGCCUGGCUCCAGCCGAGGUUACCAACCUGCCGAUCCUGGGAGAGAGUGCCAGGGCAGAGCCGGACUGUGAGUAUCGGUCCUGCAAGGAGCUGAUGAAGGUCUGGAAGGAGAAGGAGAAGAGAGGGGCUCCACUGUGCACAGAGAUGGGGAACAAACACAUCUUCAGGGCAGAGUGUCCCAAAGUAGAGGAAAAAGAGGAGUGCUCUGGGGCUGUUGAUGCAUCCGGGAGCAGCCUCCUAGCUGCCACAGAAAAGGGGGUGUCCAAAGCCUCAGAUGCGGAUGCUAACCUCAAGCCAGACCUUGAGACUGCAGAGACCAGUUCCUGGGAGACCAAGACGGCAGCGAUACCUCAGGCUUUGGGGACGACCCAGUCUGGGAGCAAGCCCCACAGCAGAACUGUUCAGCAGGGAAGCCUGGAUGGCCUACCAAGCCAGAUCAGAGUAGGCAAGCUGUCCAGGCGUGGGCACGCCACCUCUGGCCGUCCCCUCUUCGACGGGACACCCGACGUGACGGGAAUUGGCCUGUUUGAGGGCGGGGCGGACCCCUGUGUGGUGGAGAACUCAGAGAGGAUCCUCAGCAAGGUGCAGAUGCUGGCACGUAUGUACAGCGCCAAGGUCAGCAGCAUGAAGAUGCCCUUGCACAAGAGGGCGUACGAGGGCCGGGCGCCCGCUGGGUGCAAGGAGGGAUCCGUGCGAGAACACCACAAGGAGAAGAAGCCACAGAGCCUGGCUGCAGGUGCAGGGUGUCAUCCGGCCUCUCCCGUGCUUUCUGAGCCACAGCUGUUUGGCCAUGUCCUCGUCAGAGAGCAGCUGUCUGCCACCUACCUCCAGGAGAACGGCUGUGUCCUGGCUGGACCCAGGGAGAACACCUCAGAACUGGAGGGUACCUCCUCCGCUCCUGCCUCGUCCCCCACCUCCCCCCUGUCCCCCUCUUCCAAAACAUCCCCAGAUGAAGUGGACAUGGAGAAGUCACCAGCAGAAGUGGUGGACUCCAGCAGCCCAUCAGGGGACGUCCCCACAGAUGGCCAGUUGUGUCUGGGGACAUCCCAACUAAAAGAAACCAGGUCGGGGGAUCCUGAAGCCUGCAUCGAGGUAGAUGGGCCCAUUCAGAGAGAUGUGGACAUUCCGCAGAUCGAGCCCCUGUGCGAAAGGUCCAGCCCUGGACCUCUGCUCCAGACCGACGCAGAACAGCAGAGCAACAUCCAGAAUCAGAAUCAGAACCAGAUGAGGCAACGUCAUCGGUUGCUCUGA